CACAUGUGUAAAGCGAUGUUACAACGAACCGGACCCCAUCUGCUUUUCCUAAUAGCCCUGUGCAGUGUGUUUUAUUCCCGGACUUUGAGUCUGCCAUACACAUCCAUGAGACCGUCGAGACACGCAGACGGUCUGUUCACCAGUGGAUACAGCAAACUGCUCGGACAGCUGUCAGCGCGGAGGUAUCUGGAGUCUCUGAUCGGAAAACGGGUCAGUGACGAGCUGAUGGAUGAGCCAGUGAAGCGCCACUCAGACGCCAUCUUUACAGACAAUUACAGCCGCUUCCGCAAACAAAUGGCCGUCAAGAAGUACCUCAACUCAGUGUUGACAGGAAAGAGAAGCCUAGAAGAUCCUGUAACCAGUGACCCAGAGGACUCCAUGGAUGAACCCAACACCUUCCAGGACAGCUACAGUGACAUCAACGUAGACCAUCUCCUAAACAACUUUCAAUUGCCACUUUGAGGAGAGCGCUGCACUCGAGUGAAUACCUCAAGUCAUCCUCAUGAAACCGUCCAUUCCAAAAACAACACGAUGUUAAUCCAAAGGACAUUUGAAGACAAAACCAACCUGAUGAUGUGUUCUCUAUCUAUUCAUACACUCAGUACAUGUUUACACUGUAUAUAUGCAGAAUAUACUGUAUAUACAAUACGUAAAGAAGGUUCUGGCCAAAGUCUCUUCAGGCCACUCCGCGUGACAUGUGUGUCCAUGUUCAUUAAGUGUUUUACAACAACCAGCAACAGAGAAGUAACAAUUCCACUUCAACACCACUGUUGUUGUUUCAUUGACUUUCAGUGGAACAUUUCUCCCCUAGUAACUUUAUGAGAAACCAAUGCAAAAUUUAAGUGGGACUUGUCCUUUCACCUUUCAGAAAAAUAAUUGACCCAUUGAAUGUUAUUAGAACAGCAUUCAGUUACGAUAGAUUACCCUUCCCAUAGAUUUUUGUUGAACCUACGCUACCUUGGCUUUGAUUUACCAACACUGGUUUAUUUUUAACUCAUUUGCCAUGUUUUGUUGCAACAGAACAUUUUAAUUUAUUUUUCCUUAUUACCCAUAAAUUGUAAGUGAACUAUGUUCCAUUAACUUUCUCUUAAAACAUCUCGCUCAUUGAAAGUCAAUUGAACAGCAUUGACUUUUAUUAUCCCAUUAAUUAGUAGUCGGUCUAGUGUCCAUUUGCUUUAAAGACAACAUUUUUUUUUCAAUUCACUUUGAAUUAAAAUCUGUUUGAUCCAAUUCUCACCAGUGUUUUAAUAAGUGUCAAUAGAGCACAUGUACAAUUAAUUAUUUACUUCAACCAUUCACUCUCAGUUAAAUUAUUGUUGAAAUAUUAGAUUUUUAUUCUUGUCAUGUUUUAUCCAAACUGAAAAGAAUAGAACAACUGCUCCAUCAAAUAAAAUGUAAUUCAUGCCAAAAUGCAGUCACUAUCAAUAACCCAAACUGGAUGUUUUUUAUUUUAUUUAAUCCACCCUUUCCACAAUCCUUUAGCUUAGUUUAAAGUUAAAGAAAAAAAACAGACACCUGAUCUUUAAAUUGGACAUAUGUUGAUUGGACCAUGAUUGAUUAAAAUAAUGAUAUCAAAGUUAUAUUGACUCAUUUACCUUAAAUAAAACAACACAUCUAUUGAACUACAAUGAAACAUUUGGUUAAUCUUGUUUCAAUUGAAAUAUAUUUUGUUCUAUAUCACAAGGGACAGCACAUUAGGACACGUUUUAACAUCAUCUGUUGUUUUAAAAUCAAAUGAAAGGUUGUUGUAUACAUUUUCAAUGGUGCAACCAUGAGCUAAGUUUUUAUUGAAUUGUUUUAGAGAAUCCAAUCUUGGUUGUUUGAUGAUAAAAAUGUAAAGGAGGAACACAUUUUGAAUGGAAACAAAUGCAUAUAAUCACUUUAUACUAUUCAACAUGUAGAGCAAAGAUGUUAUAACUGAGCAUAGACCUGCCUUUAGUGCAUAUAGUGAUGUACACCAGUCACCAAAUAAAAGAUAUUGUUUUAUUUUUCAAAGCUGA